CCUCAGGCUAGCAUCUCUAAGUAGGUAUACUAUGUGGUCCUCUCUAUUGAGUUAGUCGUCACGUUGCCGGCCUAUCCCUCAGAUAUCACAGAACCGGCAAUCUUCCUCCACUUCAAUAUCAACAGGAACCUUCCGUCUUCGAUUCAAUAUUCUUUGUUCUAAAAAAGGAUACCAUAGUGCUUAGACAGCCAUACCAUCACUAAACCACCACACUAACCUGAACAGUCCACACAAUACCGUGCCGCGAGCCUAGUAAUCAUAUAGCCUCUAUCCUCACAACCAGCACCACCUACCAGAUCCCCAAAGCCCACAAUAUGCGAUCACCACGCUACCCCCCAAAUACCAUGGCUUCCACACACUACCUUGACGUACCCCACAUCCAAUCCCAACCUUCAGACCCCGGCUAAAUUCCCCGAAAUGGCUAAAGCCCAACACGAGAUCUCCCAGAUAAUCUCCUCCCUCAUGAUUAUCCUCUGGAAACACACCGAUAACCUGGGCAUCCCCCACCGACCCCUCGGUCACGACUGGACAGAACUGCAAAACCACGUAUCUCGACUCCUCACCCUGAGAGGAAUGACUCAAGCAGGCGCCAGCAUCCCAGAGGAUCCAUGGAACUUCAUUCUGAGCGAGUUUGGUCCGACUACGGCGCUGGUAUUGUCUGCCUCGUGUUUGGGCCCCGGGGGAUCAAUGUUCGCCGCCGUCGAUUUUGCUGCAGCCUUCGCGGUGUGCGCCGUCUGGAUGUCAUGUUCGGCUUCAGGACCCGCCUGCGGAUUGUGUGAGGUGGGGAGGGGGGAAGGAGGGUGAUUGCGAGGUCGGUUACUU